AUGGACAGCAACUUCAGAUUCCUUCCCACUGAAGAAGAAUUGGUGCACUACUUGAGGAAGAAGAAACAGGUUGACCACAUCAUCCCUGAGAUUGAUAUCAGCAACUACGAGCCUUGGGAUGUACCUGGGCUGUAUGCAGGGCUGUUCACAGAGCCAGACUCGCCAUAUCAGGAUAUGUUCUUCUUCAGCCCUAGGGUUUACAAGUACAUCGACAAUAACUAUGCUCGGACUAACAGCGCCACUGCGCGAGGCUUCUGGAAAACCACAGGCAAAGAACGUGUGAUCAAGGCUCGAGGGUCCAUUGGGAGAAAGAGGACCUUGAUCUUCUAUGAAGGUAACAAGACCAACUGGGUCAUGCAUGAAUAUUCUCUCAUUGAAGAUGAAGCCAACCCUCCUACUCCUAAGCUGGCCCACCAGAGGGAUUUUGUUCUGUGUUGCUUGAAGAAAAUUCAAGAUAAGAAGGAUACAGAAGAACCGGAAUGAAUCUUUCCUGCACUUCAGCUACAGGAUUACACACUGCAGAUGGACACAGACAGAAGUGGGAGACAUGUUUAGCAUGGGACCUGCUGGAGUCUUACUAUAUGUAUUAGUAUUAAACCUAUCUCUGUCACUUUCAAGUCUCAGUAAUAUGUAUUAGUAUUAAACCUAUAUUUUUCUUUUCAUUUGUAUC